GUGGGCGUCGAGGUCUAUCCCCUCCUGAAGCUCCCUCCCCUGUUCUGUGAGCUCUUGUUGCGACUGAACUUCGGAUUGGGACCAUUGCCUGAAGCAUUCUGCUGUUGUGAAUUUGGGUAGUGCAACUCAUCAUCCCUUCUCCAUGGCUGCCAUGGCUGCUUCCGUGGCUCUUACCUCCUCGCUCUCGUCGCGCGUCGCGGUUACCCCCGCCACUUCGACGUCCUUCAGGAGCGGCCAGUAUGCACUGACUGUGCCAUGCUUGCGCGUGGAGUCUUCCCGUCGGACCUCUACUCUGGAGAUCUUUGCGUUGAGUAGCAACGAUUUCAGGAAUGGAACCAACAUUGUGCUUGAUGGAGUACCGUGGAGGGUGCAAGAGUUUUUGCACGUGAAGCCCGGCAAGGGAGCAGCGUUUGUUCGUACCAAGCUGCGAAACUAUAUCACUGGCAACACAGUUGAUCGUACUUUCCGAGCGGGAGAGUCGGUUGAUGAGGCAAGCAUUUCCAAGGAAGUCAAGCAGUACACCUACAUGGAUGCUGAUCAAUACGUCUUCAUGGAUAUGGUCUCAUUCGAGGAGAUCAGAAUUGGUGCCAAAGAACUGGGGGAUAAGACGAAGUGGUUGAAGGAGGGGAUGGAAUGCAAUGUGUUGACCUGGAAUGAUAAGGUUCUUGAUGUAGAUCUGCCCAUCACAGUAGUUGUGAAGGUCGUACAGACGGAUCCUGGUUUGAAGGGAGACACAGCUCAAGGAGGAUCGAAGCCAGCUACAACAGAAACAGGUGCCGUAGUGAGCGUGCCGCUGUUUGUCAACGAAGGGGACAUGAUCCAAGUGGACACGCGAAAAAGCGAGUAUAUGAGCCGUGUGGGUGCAUUCUAAGUCAUCAAGCUGUCAUUUCCAGGCAGAUCGUGUGUUGCCCUUGGUAAAAUAGUCUCGAGACCGACUCAUUCCUGUGAUGUUAUAGAGGUUCUGCAAUUUGAGGAUCAAUCGGUAAUCGUGUCACUUGAGCGGGAUAUUAGGCCUUCGAAGGUUUGGAUCAUCAGGUUGCUCCAUGAGAUAUUCCGAGUACUGCCUAUGUGAAAGAUUAGAUGUCCUGAAAAUGGAUGUGACUUGAAUAGUUUCACGAAACUGGGUAGAAGGCCACUGGCCAACAAAAGUCAGAUGCAUCACCAUGACGCAGUUUUGUCGCUCUGAGCAUCAAUGAUCAUCAGCCAUUCUGAGUUAUUGAUGAAAGCACUUCUGUAAACACCAUGAAUUUGACAUUAUUCAGACAAGUGUUUGCAAGUAA